AUGUCUCAACCAACCUCAAUCAGUGGUGCUGAUACCCAAGCACAAUCAUCUCCUGAACCAAUCUCUCUUGGAUCACCUAUUUCCAUUCAAGCUGCUUCAUCCAUGGGCGAUUGGGACACGGCGUCUAUCUCGCAAUUGCUUGAAGAGCCAAUGGAUCUGGACUUCGGCAUGGACCAAGCUUUGAGUGCCAACAGUGUGUUGUCGUCAAACAUUAGCUUUCAUGACACAAGCAAUACACCUACCACUCCUGAAACAAGCGUACAAGCCAACAGCCAAUUACCUACCGGGACCAUUCAUAGCAUUCACGCAAGCUCUGAAACGUUGCUUGACAACGCCAUCAACCAAUACAAACAACAAUUGGACGAAUUGAUCAAGACGUUUACACGUGCCAUGGCUGCUGGAAACCGUAAUCAUCUCAAAAGACUGU